UGUCUGCGAAGGCAGCAUCUCAGCCAAAAGCUCAACUGGCUGGCAGACUCCUCAACCAGCAGCACUGCGAGCGGCAUGGCAAGGGCUUGGGCAGGUGUGGUGAGGGGCUGACGGGCCAACCAGACCAUCAUCAUCAUCAUCAUCAUUACGGGCAGCAGAUGCGGUAUCCUCCAGUCCUGUCCGAGUGAAAGACACGGCGCUGCUGAUAAGAGUCACUCACACGCUGAUGAUCAAACGAUGCACCAAUCGCCGCCACCGACCAGGUGUUGGAGCAGGGAGCAGGGACGCCGUUAACCUGGCAGAAAAGCCGACCCGUAUCUAUGUGCUGCGCGCGCUUCUCUCUGGUCCCGUUUGCAGACGAUCGAGAAGAUGCUGAGCCGACUGAUGAGCAGCAGCGUCAGGAGUCUGGACAGGGAAUGCAACUGCACGGUGAGGCUGCUGGACGACUCGGAGUACACCUGCACGAUCCAGCGAGAUGCCAAAGGACAGUACCUGUUUGACCUCAUCUGCCACCACCUCAACCUCCUGGAGAAAGAUUACUUUGGCAUCAGAUAUGUCGAUCCAGACAAACAAAGACACUGGUUGGAGUUUACAAAGUCCAUUGCCAAACAAAUGAAGUCCCAGCCACCUUUCACCAUGUGUUUGCGUGUGAAAUUUUAUCCACCAGACCCUGCUGCUCUGAGAGAGGAAAUCACCAGAUAUCUAGUCUUCCUGCAGGUUAAGCGGGACCUCUACCACGGCCGUCUACUUUGCAAGACAUCAGAUGCGGCUCUGCUCGCUGCCUACAUAUUACAAGCUGAAAUUGGUGAUUACGAUCCUGGGAAACACCCUGAAGGCUAUAGUUCCAAGUUCCAGUUCUUCCCCAAGCACUCGGAGAAACUGGAGCGGCGAAUUGCUGAGAUUCACAAGACUGAGCUGAUAGGUCAGACUCCUGAAACAUCAGAGCUCAACUUCUUGCAAAAAGCCCAGACUCUUGAGACGUAUGGAGUAGACCCUCAUCCAUGCAAAGAUGUGUCUGGGAAUCCUGCUUUUCUUGCUUUCACUCCUUUUGGAUUCACUGUGCUACAAGGGAACAGGAGGAUCCAUUUUCUGAAAUGGGAGGAGGUAACUAAACUUAAAUUCGAAGCAAAGACAUUCCAUAUAUAUGCAACUCAGAAUGAGGACAGAAAGAUUAUACUUACAUACUUUGCACCUACACCAGAAGCCUGUAAGCAUCUGUGGAAGUGUGGAGUGGAGAACCAGGCCUUCUAUAAGUUGGAGAAGUCAAGUCAAGUUCGUACUGUGUCCAGUAGCAAUCUCUUCUUCAAGGGUAGUCGCUUUAGAUACAGUGGAAAGGUUGCAAAAGAAGUGAUGGAACAAAGUGCCAGAAUCAAGAGGGACCCCCCUGAGAUCCACAGGGCUGGUAUGGUUCCCAGCAGGAGCUGUCCAUCUAUCACGCACGGUCCUCGUCUGACCAGCGUGCCCCGAACCCGAAGGAGAGCUGUACACAUCUCCAUCAUGGAAGGAUUAGAGUCCCUUCGAGACAGUGCCCACUCCACGCCGGUGCGUUCUGUGUCCCAUGGUGACUCCUUCAUGUCCAGCCGGGGCCACCUGGAGGACCGGAGCGAGGCCAGCACGUCAGGAGUGAUCUCCGAUGAGACCUACAGCCCCUCGGACAGUGUGCUGCCCACUCCCGUCGCAGAGCAUGGCGUGGAGCUUCCUUCAGCUCGCCAUCUCAACGGCGCACCCUGCAGCAUCGACGAGGAGAAGGAGUCGGAGGCGAGGGCUCUUAAGGAGGGGAAAGCAGGGGAGUUCAGGCCCGGCAGGAAAGCACCGCGCACGGUCCGUAGCAGGCCUUCACAAGGCGCUAAUGUAGAGGACCUUAACAAGUUUGUCUUAAGCGUGCUGCGCUUGUUCCUGGUCACCAUUGGACUGCUGUUCGCCCUUUUGCUGCUGCUCAUCAUGCUGACCGAGUCCGACCUGGACAUAGCCUUCCUGAGGGACAUCCGCAAGACACCAGAGUUCCAGCAGUUUCACUUUGAGUAUUUCUGUCCUCUCCGGCGCUGGUUCGCCUGUAAGCUACGAUGGAUAGGCGGUUUUCUUGUUAGCAAAUGAGGUAAAGUGACGGAGGAGAGUCCAUGACUUCACACAGGCCUCCAGGGACAGAGACUGGGCAGAACAGGAGAAACUAAGAGGAAUGCGACAGCUUUGUUUAUAUUGGCUCUGCUUCUCCCAGGAAGGAGUUCCAGUCACAAGCCACAGACUGCCGUGAUUAUGUAUGACUAUCACUACAUACGUAGGAAUAAAAAAUAAAAAUAAAAAAAUCACACUUUAUUUUAGAAAUCCAGGUCAUUUUAAGGCAUUUUAUUUUUACACAAAGUCACGAAAGCAGGGUGAAUCAAAGCUUUGAUGAAAGUCGUUCAGGCUUCGCUUGUUCAGUCAGAGAUAGUUGCCUUUAUUUUUCUAUUCAUUUAUACUUUUUAUCAUUACUGUGAGAGAAGAUGAGCUGAGACUGAAGGAAAAGUUAUGAAGAGACUAAGAAAAGAGAACAAAAUAGCUGAUUAGUUUUAUCAAAUCAAUAAUGACCUGAAUGAUAAACAACAACCUUGAUAAUUAUUGGUUAACCUUCAUAAAAAUGUACAAAAAGCCUUGAAUCUUUUACUGCAUUAGCAUAAUUAUAUACACGACCUGACAUUUAAUUGACUUUUAAUCUUUUGUAAUACAAAUUUAUUUAUAAUAGGUAUUUGUUUUUUGGUUUUUUGUGUGUGUUUUGCAAAAUCUGCGUGCCAAACUCAUUGUCAAUUAUAAAUCAAAACACAGAAUCUCUACAAAAUAUAAAUGUAAUAGAAGCAUUUUUAGAUUUAUUUUUUUUAUUUAAUUUCGGUUAAUGUUUGGAAACUAUAAUUUAUAAUCAGUAGUUUCCAGGUCCUCAAAUUAAAAUUAGUUUUCAAACGUAUUCAGUGUGAAAUGAUGCUACUUAAACAAAAGCUAAACUUGUUUUAGGGCUUUUUAUGCAUUUUUACCAACAGUCCGCAUAAAAAUUGAAGGUGGUGUUUAGGCUAGAAGAUAUAUACUGGGGCAAUUAAGCAUAGAACUAAGAAACGUCACAAAGUGAUGAAUUAAAUAAGUUUUGAACCAGAUGAACUGUUUAUACUCAGUUAAAACAACUGCAAACAGUUAUUCAUAUCACUUUAUGAUUCAGAGUGAUGCAGGUGCUACCCUGUCAGCUGGUUUGAACAAUCUUUGUCAGUUUAACUGUGUCCAUGCUCAGGUGUUCGUCAGAUGUUCUCACGUGAUCAUUUUAGUCCAAACACUAUUGGACCAUCAAAGUCUACGAAACAAAGUAAGCCUUUCAUAAAAAUACAUAUAAGAUAUCAAAGUUAUAAGUUCACUGCUUACUAAAUAGGAGCCAAAUAACAUAAUCAGUUUCUGUGUGAAGAGUUGGUGCCACUUUGCUGUAGUUUGAAGGGAAAAAGUGAGUUAAUAAUGUAGUGGUAGUCAAGUUUUUGGUUAGUUCUCCUCCCAAAAUCUGUAAAGGUUCAUCUUGAUGUGCAAUAAUGUUAAAAAUCCAAAAUACUUUCUACCUAAGUAAAUUUGACUUUGUAAAAUUUGAAAACUUAGUGCUAUUUUCCCACAGUGUUAAGAGAUAGUUUUAUGUCAGAACCCUACAGAAGUGAGUCAUUUAAGUUUGUGUUACCCUGCUGUUCCUAAAAUCAUGCAUUUAUUUUAAGGUUUAGAAUAUUUAAAUGGUGUUUAUUUUUGUACAAAUUGCUGUCAGUUUAACCUAUGGACGCCUUCUCACAGUGGCUGUGACAUGUUUUUACAACAAAAAAUGUUUUAAGGCACUCAUUAGAAAGCAAUCAUUGUUUAUAUCCAACACAGCGUUGUUCAUCGCCACACCUACCAAAGAAACCUCUGUUGUUUCACAGCCUGUUUGCAUCAACAGAUGAACACUCUGCAGACUGUCUUCAGCCUUAUUACUCUGAUUUUUCGCAAGCAAACCUACAAUGUGUCUUUAUUUUCAAAAAAAAGAAAACUCCAAACAUCAGUGUUCACAGUCAAGUGUUUGUCCUAAGGAUGAAAAAAAAAAACAUAAAUGCUGCGCACCAGUGAAGUGUAUUAGCAGAUGUAGAACAUUAUGCUUUAAAAAGAGACAUGAUAUGAUUUUAUUGUUUGGUUGAGAAAUUAUAGAUAUAUAUACACAGGUAAAUAUGAUUGACGAUUACUGUGUAAUUUAAAUUUUUUCCAAACGAAAAAUCAACCUCUUUCGAGACAGCGGUAUGAAUUUUAUUGUUUUUACAUGGCACAAAAAAAAUAAUAAUUUAGCUUUUUACUUUGUAGCUCUAGGGAGUUUCAGUAACAUACUUCCAAUAAUAUUGGUGCAGUUGAAACCAUGUUUACAUACAGUAAAUAAAAAAUAAAAAACACUUUUCAUUUUGUCUCAAUGUAACAUGCAGUCUGAUUAACUUUUCCUUUUUCAAAUCAUUGUCAUUUGCUAAAAUCCAUGAUAUUACUCUCUUCACAGUAAAAAGAUCAGACAUCAACUUUGAACUGUUUUUAAAAACUCACUGAAAUACAUCAAUGCUCAGUAGGAAGAGAAUUAUGCAUUUUCAGAAGCCAGAAAGUUUCCUCUUUCACCUGUUCAAACAUUUAUAGGCCAGUAUCAACAGCAUGAGAUUGCGAUGCCAUUAUACUUUACAGUAAUGAGACAGGUUUUAAGAGUGGAGUGUUUUGGUGCAAAAUGUGCGCAUCGACCCCGGAUGACAACCUAAAUCUCCUGUGAGAAUCUUCUCUGAUGCUGAUGAGUGUCGAUAUCCACAGUGAAACAAGUCAUGCACCACAAUGGACCGAAAGGCCACUCCGCAGGGGAAAACUCAAAAACUAACAUUAGAGAGCUAGUUUGCAUCUUGCAAAUAUCCACAUUUGUAUAAAAAAAGUCCUGUGAUGAAAAUGAACUGUUUGGCCAUGAUGACAAUUGUUCCCACUGAACAAACAACAAAGCCAAUGUUUUAGAAUGGCCAUCACAGACCGACUCAGAAGCUCCGAUUAUAAAAGAAGGAAUGGGCCAAAAUCCCAGCAAGCUACUUACAGCUUGUGGAAAACUUUUCAAUUAGUUUAAAUGCAAUGUAACCACAUUUUAAAGUUCUUCUGACUUUGAAGAAAGCUAAAGUGAGAAAAUGAUCUCAUUCUGGCCUUUAGAUCAGCAAAGCUAACUUAAAUAGGAAAGAUUUAUUCUGAUUUAAUAAGAGUCAUCUUUUUUUACACAGUCCAUGUAUACAUCUGGUUUCAACUGCAUAUUUCAGUAGGCUACUCAUAUUUAAGCUUUAAUUCAGUUUGCACCAGACGGCAUUAUACAAAUAAAGAAAUGGCCAAUCAAGCAUGCAAAUGCCUUUUGCUUACAUUUGCGUUUAUCUGUAAUAAAAUGUGCUAAAUCAGGAGUGCCCAAGUCAAGCAAAUUCAUUCGAUUCAGGUGUGUUGGAGAAGGAAUACAUUUAAAAGUUACAGACUAAAUUUGGACUCCCUUGUCCUAUAUAAACAAAAUGUUUCAGAUUCUGUAGUAAAAUUGUUAAAUGCAAAUCUUUGCCUCCAAGGCUUGCUAAACAUUUACAGUGCAUCAAAGAAUACUGUAGGCAUGUUUGGGACAGAUUUUGCUCCGUGUUCUUGGAAAAAACAUUUUCAUGUUGUUCUUUGUCUUCUCUAUAAAUCAGAUUAAUUUAUGCAAUUUGAUUAAAUGCAAAAUGUUUUUGUGAAAGUCUGUUUUCAAGAGUUCAAAAGGAGAACCCAUAGAAUUCUCAUUUGCCUUUAGUACAAAUUUUGUAUAUUUUCUUGCAGCAGGGUAAAAAAAAAAACAAGGGAAAAAAUACUCUGUGCCCACUUGUACAAUGCAGUUUGAUUUAUCCAGGAAGUUAAACUGGAUAACUGAAUGUUUCAAACUUGAGCUGGCACACUAACUGGUGGGACAGUUUAGCUAUCGAGCUACUGGCUUUCUUCUCACUAAAACAUGUCAACAGGAUUUAGGUGUCAAACACGUUCCUACUGUAAUCUUUCUUCUUGUGUCAAAGUCCAGCACAUGCCAAUGUCUCUGUAAGCAUUAUGUUCUGCAUUCAGUUCCUCUUACCAAGACUGCUUUUUCCUAUUAUUGACUGAAGACUAGUGUAAUCUGUGAAUAAACAAUAUUCAUUCUUUAAA